AUGGAAAAGCUCGACCAAGACAUCUUGGAAGCCACCAAGAACAUACCGACGAAGCCAGAGGGAGAGACCGCUGAAAUGGAGUCUCAUGAGAAGCUAGCAAACUUACUGAUCACACGGUAUCAGCAAACUGGAAACUCGGAUGACCUUCAGAAAUCCUUACGCCAUAAGAUGCUAAUAUUUCGCUGGUUGCAAUUUCCCAUUCAAAUAUCUCUCUGGUACACGGUCAUUAUAGACGAAGCCUUGAGUUGUGAUGUUUCUUCUCGUUACAAGGAGACCAACAACCUAGAAGACCUUAGAGCAGCCAUCACUAUCUGCUGGCAAGUCUUCUUUGAGGAGCCGAGCAAUGCCGAGCACGAAGCAAUACGGGUGAGGCUACCAUUUGUACUGCGUACCUUGACACUACAGUUAUAUGAGAAGUCAGGGAAAUUGGGUGACAUAGAACUGGCGGCCUCAUAUUCAAGGCGAGUUUUGCCUUUUAUUCCAGAUGAUGUCGAGGAUAGAGCCAACCCUCUCGAUGAGUUUGCUAGGACCCUAUUCAAGAAAUACCAAGUUGAGGAGGAUACAGACAUCCUCCGGCUUGGAAUACAAUUAUCAAGAGACGCCGUUUCCUGGACUCUUGAAGGUCAUAUCGAGAAACCUGCCAGAGUUGCUAACCUCGGGGCCUGGCUUCUACGACGCUAUGAGAAAAACAGAGACACGAAUGAUCUUCUAAAAGCAGUCGAAAAGACAGAACUCGCGAUCAGUUUGUUGGACAAAGACAAUUUCAAUCAACUGAGAUUUCUUACCAAUCUUGCGAUCAUGCUAUCUCGACUGUUGGACCUCACCUGGGAUGAGAAUGAUUCUGAUCAGCUUGAGAUUAUGGCGUCUCGCGAGGAUAUUAGUAGAGGUUUGCAAGUCAACAGCAUUGCACACCCAUUGCUUGGAAUUGAGGCAGCGAGAGAUGCUAUCCGUAUCUUCAAAUUUCACGGAAAGCUGAAAGAAGCGAAGUUACUUACGCAAAAGGCUUUGCAAUUAUUACCCAUGGCCUGCCAUCCAUCUAUCACACGCCAGGACCAGCAAUACGCCAUUCAACAAAUGUCGAGACUCGCUGCCGAAGCUUGCUCCCUAUCACUUCUUGUUGGCAAAACGGAGGAAGCGCUUCUGAGUAAUGAAUUCAGUUGUGAAAUCAUCCUAUAUCACCUGAUCAAGUAUAGAAAGAAACUGUCUCUUCUGGAGCAACAGAGUAAGCGAUCGGCAGAACGCUUUGACAAAUUUCGAUCUACAGCCGCUCAGCCUGUAGAUACUACAGACCAGGUCACUAUACAGGAUCGAGUUGUACCAGAAAUUCAGGACUUUGCCCACGACCAUGCCUUCGAACUCGCGCUGAUCCGGAACCUACCAAACUUUGGAGGGUUCCUCACCUUGCCAAACCUAGACGACCUGGUUGCAGGAGCCACUAAUGGGUCAAUCGUGAUAGUUAAUAUCACUCCCCUCAGCAGCGAUGCCAUCAUUAUCCAAAAGUCUGGACAACGAAUCAGGUCCCUCAACUUACCAAAUGCAACCUCCGUUGGGAACUCAUUUCUUGACAAAUAUUUCAAGGCUUUCAGUCGUAUAAGAAAGUCCCCGGGCAUAGAAGAUAUAGGGAGCGACAGGGAUCUGUACGAUGAACGCUUUCUGAGUUGGCUAUGGAGAGCUUGUGUCGACCCGAUUCUCAAGGAGAUCGCAGGGUCGCCGUCAUCAUCGCCAACUCAUCGAGUUUGGUGGAUUGGGACAGGGAUCGCCAGCGUAUUUCCGUUUCACGCAGCAGGAAACUCCGAGGGUAACACUUUGGACAGUGUAAUCUCGUCUUAUAUUCCAUCUAUCACGUCUUUAAUCGACGCAAAAACUACCAUGACAUCUGGUGGUAACAAUGGCGAAAGGGCCUCCUCAGUCACGAUAGUCACGGCGCCCAGAGAUUCAGAUGGCUGUCAGACCCCAAAUGCUCCAGAACUGCUGCAAACGAUAGAGGAGACUAUUGGAGAGACCUCCAAGGUGGUGAUCCUCUCAGAACCGUCAUUUGAAGAGACAUUAGAAAGUCUGCACAGGUCCCAUGCUAUCCAUUUUGCUUGCCACGGGUAUUCUGAUCCUCUCAACCCGUCCCAAAGUUACGUCCAACUUCGCAGGCGCUUAUCACCAGGCUCAGACGACGAAAGACUGACAGUAGAGUUGAUAUCUGAUAACACAACCUCGGAUAAGGCACAAAUCGCUUUCCUCUCAUUGUACCCCGUGACAGAGACCAAGACCGAGCGAUCAACUGAUGGAGGGCUAGGCAUCAUCAAUGCAUUCCAAUUGGCUGGAUUUAGACAUGUUGUGGGAUCUUUGUCAAACGCUGAUGGCGCUUCCCAUUUCCAUGUUACUAAGAGCUUUCAUCAGUCUCUGAAAGAGAACAGGUUGAGUGAAAACACGGAUUGGGUGGUGGCAAAGGCACUUCAUGAUGCUCUGAGGCAAGCCAGAGAUCACGAUAAAGAUCCACGUUGGUGGGCUCCAUACAUUCACUCGGGCGCUUAA